CUCUGUUUCUCUGCAUUCCUUAUCAGGGGUUACGAAAUCUGGGGGAUUAAAAAGCAAGGUCUGCCAGUGUGCUAACUCAUUUGGCUCAGGGACAGACAGACUAAGAAGCAACUGAGCACAGAAACUGCAGUUACCUUCAUGUAAACUCAAAAUGUCUUUAACUGGAUAUCUCCAAGUGUAUAUCACUGCCCUGUGCUGUAUUGCUAUAGGAGCACAAGCUCCCUGUGACAGACCAGAACGUACAGCUGAAGAGGAACUCCAAGGCACCUGGGACAAGGACUCAUACAAUCAUGGAACAAUAGCGUCAUAUAUUUGCCGGCCAGGAUACAGCCGACUUGGCGCUAUCAAAAAGCAAUGCGACAAUGGAAAAUGGAUAUACUUAGCAAGAGGGCUAUGCAAAAAAAAAUCAUGUGGUCAUCCAGGAGAUAUCCCUAAUGGUUCAUUUGAGCUUGACGGGGAGAACGAGUUUGUGUUUGGAGUUAUUGUUACAUAUAGCUGUGACAGUGGAUAUCACAUGGUUAGCAAAGUAACUACCCGAACAUGUACUGCAAAUGGAUGGAGUAACUUUCUUCCUAACUGUGAAGCUAAAAAUUGCCCUCCCGUGGAACUUACAGAGGGUGUUGAAAUAGUGUCUUCCUAUGAUGAUGAAUACACUGUUGGAAAAGUAAUACGUUUUCAGUGUAAGAAUCCAAAAUUUAAGCUAAAUGGUGUUGCUGAGAUUUUCUGCACAUCAGAGGGAGACUGGAAUGCUCCUCCUCCAGAAUGUGAAGAAAUAAAAUGCAGUGCACCAGUGCUUCCUAAUGGAAGAAUAAAUGCGCGGAAAGAAACCUACUAUUUAGAUGAUAAAUUACUUUACGUUUGUAAUGGAAACUACAAGAAAGAAAGGAGCAUAGAUCCAGUAUGUACUAAAAAUGGAUGGGCACCGGAGCCUACUUGUAAUGAAAUAACUUGCACAGCUGACUAUGUGCCAAAUGGUAGUGUUAAGAAUAAGAAGAUUAUGUACAGAUUGGGAGAUACCAUUGAAUUGGAAUGUAAAUAUGGAUUUGUUCUCGACAAACCAGAUGAACCUCGAAUAUGCACAUUGAAUGGGUGGUCUCUUCCCCUGACAUGUGUGGAUAAAAUCUGUGACAGACCUUUUAUACAAAAUGGAAGACUUUAUUCGGAAAUGAAUUUCCCUUCACGAAGAAAUACUGAGCUUUGGUAUAUUUGCAAUGAUAACUUUGAUCCACUAGACAAAAUAUAUUACUCUUGGUCCAGAAGAUACUAUGGCAAAUCUAUAUGCACAGAAAAUGGAUGGGAUCCUAAACCAAAAUGUUUUGCAUUAUGUUGGGAUAGUUCUGCACGAGUGGAUUAUGCUGAUAUUUAUCAUACUAAGCGUCGCUAUAUGGAAGGAGAAAGAGUUAAAUUCCAAUGUUAUGGAGACAGAAGAACUGAAGAUGGAAGAAAUGGUGGGGAUAUUGAGUGUCUACCCAACCACAAGUUUUCCGAAGCCAGAUGCCUUAAAUCUUGCAUGAUUGAAUCUGUAAGUCACGGAAGAUAUAUUCCAAAUAAAAAGAUGUUUGAGCAUGGAGAAUCCUUAGUCUAUGAAUGUGAUGAAGGAUACAGGAGUACAAAAAACACAAGGUUUGAUUCUGCUACGUGUCCUUGGACAUCUCCUCCCCGGUGUGUUGAAACCACUUGUCACAUAGAAGAAUUAAAUGAGGAAUAUAAAGCUGGAGAUGUUGUUCAGUUUGCUUGUUCACGUGGCUAUGAAUUAGUAGGCCAAGAAGUCAGUCAAUGCUAUUACUAUGGCUGGAGCCCAGAACUGCCUACCUGCAGAGAUGACUAUUCUGGACAGGUAAAUCGGUACAGACUAAUUACAAAGAAGCAAGUGGAUCUCAGUGUGUGUGCACCUGCUCCCAAACCACCACGCUCCCAGGAUUCAGAAAUAGGAAAUAUCACCUAUCAUAAUGACAGUACUGUUGAGAUAAGGUGUGCUUCACAGUAUCGAGCCCUUGGAUCAAAAUCCAUCAAAUGCGAGAAUGGUAAAUGGCAGUCACCUCCUCAAUGUAUUGAAUUUGGUUACUGUAACCAACCACCUAUAAUUGAAAAUGGAAACAUUACAACAGAGAAACAAUAUUAUUCAAAUGGUGAUGUGGUGAAGUACCAGUGUAACCCAGGAUAUGAAAUAAGUGGGUCAAGCGAAAGUUUGUGCUUCUCCCAACAGUGGACAGGACCUCCUGUUUGUAAAGGUAAAUCAUGUGACCAACCUCCAGACAUUGAGAAUGCAGUUGUUAGUGGAUUGAAACAACAGUACAAACAUGGUGAAAGUGCCAAAUAUACAUGUCAGGCUGGAUACACAAUAUCUGAAGAUGUUCAAGCUAAAUGUGUGGAAGGGAAAUGGAGAAAUGUUCCCAAAUGCCUUUCUACAUCUUGUGAAUCAGCUCCAGAAAUAUCCAAUGCCGUGCUACUGAAUAAGAAGAAUAAUUACAACUCGGGGGACAGAGCCUUUUUUAGAUGUAACACAGGUUAUGUUUUUAACAUGGGUCAAAAUUCUGCAAUUUGUAAAAAUUCUCAGUGGAAAGAACUGCCAGAAUGUAGAAGAGAAGGACAGAGCUGUGGGCCUCCCCCUGUGGUACAGUUUGGGGACACCCUACAAACUACAGAACGUACCAAUAAACAUGGCACAGUAAUGACUUAUAAGUGUCCAGAAUAUUACAUACGAGAAGGAAACAAAGAGGUUGUAUGUAGGAAUGGAAAAUGGGAUGAUCCACCAAUCUGUAUAGAGCCCUGUACUGUUUCAGAAAGAGACCUGAAAGCUAACAAUAUUCAACUGAAAUGGACAAGUGAUAAAAAACUCUACAGCCGCCAUAGCGAGUGGAUUGGAUUUACAUGCUUAGAUGGCUAUGAAAUAUCUGAAGAGAAGUUGUUAAGAAUACAGUGCAAUCGAAGUGUCCUCCCCUAUCCUAAGUGUAUUAAAAGAGGGUCUUGUUUAUUAUCACUUACUGUUAUGGAGGAAAAUAAUGUAUUUGUAAACGGAAGCACUGAAAUUGAAGAUGGCAAAACAGUUACGUUUCUGUGUAAGGAAGGAUGGAUUCCAACAGAUACACUGACUCAAGAAUGCGUUAAAAGAGAGAUAAAGUAUCCAAACUGUAGCAGAGCUGGUAAUUGCACUUUUCCAGAUAAAAUAACAGAUGGGAAUGUUAUAAUUGAAGCACAAGAUGGCAAAAGCUUCUUUUCAGGUUCUUCUUUAAAAGUGAAAUGCAGAGAGGGAUUUGCAACAGUUGGACCCCCUUUCAUUACAUGCAAUAACUCUAAGUGGAUUAAUCUACCAAUGUGUGCUAGACAAUGUCAAGUUUCCCUACCAGAGCUUGAAACUAAUCAUUUGAAACUGGAAUCAGCUAAUGAUGUUGAUGGAAUUUACACACAUGGUAACAAAUUAAAUGUUCAGUGCAAGUCUGGUUAUAGCUCUAAACAAAAGGCUCCUUUGAGGGCAAGCUGUACAAAUGGAAACUUUAUGUAUCCACAGUGUUCUCAAACAAGUUCAUGUACAAUCUCCAUAAAUGAUCUUGGAGAAAAUAAAAUAGAAUUACUCCGACCUUAUGAUGCAAAUAAGGAAUAUCCCCAUGGCACUCAAUUCAGGGUUAAAUGCCAAACUAACUAUGUUUUACCUCCACAAAAACAGCGUACCGCCACAUGUGAUAAUGGAAAUAUUAACUAUCCAAAGUGUUAUUCUAUAAACCGUUGCCGAAUAUCUCAAGAACAACUGGACGAAAAUGACUUGGAACUAGAUUCAAAGGAUGAAGAUUCAGUCUAUUUUGAAGAUGGUGAACUUAUCCAAUUUAACUGUAAGACUGGUUUCAUUAGCAGUACAGGCACUGUGGGUCUCUGUGCAAAAACACAAAUUACCUAUCCAAGAUGCACUGAACCACGUUCAUGUACAAUCUCCAUUAACGAUCCUGGAAAAAAUAAAUUAGAUCUACUCCGACCUAAUGAUAUUAGUAAAGAAUAUCCACAUGGCACUCAAUUCCAGUUCAAAUGCAAAGCUAGCUAUGUUUUACCUCCACAAAAACAGCUUAAUGCUAUAUGUGAUAAUGGGAAUAUUAACUAUCCAAGGUGUUAUUCUAUAAACCGUUGCCGAAUAUCUCAAGAACAACUGGAUGAAAAUGUGUUGGAACUUGAUUCAGAUGAUGAAUAUUUAGUCUAUUAUGAAGAUGGUGAACUUAUCCAGUUUAAAUGUAAAGCUGGUUUCAUUAGCAGUACUGGCACCGUGGGGCUCUGUGCAAAAACACAAAUUACUUAUCCAAGAUGCACUGAGGCCUGUGAGUAGAAUUCCAACUGCUGCUUACUACUGUAAGCUCUGGGGGGCAACCCUUUAUUCAUGUUGCUUUUAGGACUUAAGUUAUCCAUCAGUACGUUUCACAUUAAGAUGCUUAUUUCAAACUGUGAUAGUUUUCAAAGUUCCAAGUUGGCUUAGUUCAUGAGAAGGAAAUAAUGCUACUUUUUUGGUAGGCCAGUUCAUGGUCCCUCAAACUACUGGGGGACCGAACUAUAUUCAUCUGGAAUAAAAUAAAAAUACAAUUUUGAAUAAAAAUAUAUCAUGCAUAUAAGGAACAAAAAUAGUUACAGACAUUAAGGGGAAGAUUUAGCAAAGUGUGAAAUUAGAAAUCACUACAGAAAAUCUCACCCACUUUCUAUGCAUUCCUAUGGGAUUUUUAGAAGUGUUUUUAUAAAAUGGUGAACUCUGACUUUCACCCACUGAUAAAUACACUUCAAAAAUCUCAGUUUUUUCUAUGGUGAAAUCUAAUUUUACACUUUGUUAAAUCUGCCCCCAAGGAAGAGCCACCAUUUGCCUCAAUAGUCAAUUUUUUAGGUACUUACAACACACCCAGUUUCCUGGUAGGGCAAUAGAAAUAGCUUAAACUGCUCUCAAGGUAUACCCGUGCAAUAAAGGUCUUGGUCAUAUACUAUUCCAUGGCAGGAUUGUCCUGAUACACUUGCUAGAGUCAAGGAAACAUGGUUUAGAUGUGCCAGUGUUUGAGGAUGUGGAUAGAUGCAUUUAAACAAGUCCCGGAUUUGCAUCCAAGACUUUAGAUUUUCCAAAUAUCCCCCCUUUGAAAGUCUGCCUUCUUGGUAUAAAGAAUAAUAUAGGACUGAGACAAUGUGUAAACUUUGCUAUUGCCGGCUCCUAUACUAUGCCAAUACCACCAUCUACUUGACAUAUAUAGCAAGAGACUGCUCCAAUAGGUUUAAAACAAUUUUUGGUUAAAUGGAUUUUUGAAGCAAAAUUAAUCUAGAAGUCUUGAAGAUCUAUGAUCCACAGGCUUUAUUAGCUACUUUCCUAUCACUCUCUUUCCUUCCUGCACUUUCAUACUCAAUAUAUGUAGAAAGUUAAAAAACUUG